GAGGUACACCCAGAGGAGAGCAGGCGUCAGUCUGCAGUCUUUACUCCCUCUGUAGUGUGUCUGAGUUGACGUCGUCAUGUCCGACGUGUUGGAGUUCCAGGUGACGGUCCACACCUCACCUGGUCCUACCUGUGGAACCUUCAGCCGCCUGUGGCUCAGUCUGAUCGGCUCUGUGGGGGAGACUCCGCCCAUCAGCGUGACCGAAGUUGGCCGCUGUCUUCUGCCUGGAUCGACGUGUCUGGUCCAGGUGGAGGCCAACGCUCGUUUAGGUCGUCUGCUUUCAGUCCGGCUCCGCCUGGAGGCCCAGACCGGGUUCCCAGACUUGGACUGGCACUGCAGCCGUGUGGAGGUCUGCAGCCCGGGUGGUGGUGGAACCGGACCAGAGGAUCCAAAGGUGGAGGUGUUUCUGUGUGACCGCUGGUUACGGUCCAGAGACGGAGACGUAGAGCUGCGAAGUGGGAAGAUGUGUUUGCUGAAGGAUGAAACCGAGGAGCAGCUGAAACAGCAGAGAAUCAAACAGCUCCAACAUCAGCAGACGAUAAUCAGAUGGCGUAUGUUUGUGGACGGCGCUCCACACUGUGUGGAUCUGAAUAGUCUGUCUGACCUGGGCCCUAACCUCAGCUACACCCAUAGAAGUCCACCUAUUAACCUGCACUACCUGAAGGGCUUCACCGGAAGAACCCAGGCCUGGACCAGCUUCAGAGAACUGGACAUGUUUUUUGCCCUGUGUGGAAGCCAAAACAAUGUGGCAAGAUUUAUUCAGGCUCACUGGAAGGACGACUGGUAUUUUGGGUAUCAGUGUCUGAACGGCCCUAACCCUCUGCUGCUGCGUCGGAUCCACCUCCUACCUGCAAACUUGUCUGUCACCUCGGACAUGCUCCGCCCCUUCCUGCCCGAAGGCUCCUCCCUGGAACAGGAGCUCCAGAAAGGGACCAUUUACCUGCUGGACUACGAGGUCCUGGACGGUGUCCCAGCCAAUCAGAUCCAUGGAAAGCAGAGCUACCUGUCAGCUCCUCUGUGUCUUCUACACCUGAACCAGCAGGGACAGCUGCUGCCCAUCGCCAUCCAGCUGCAGCAGGAUCCUGGUCCUCUGAACCCUGUCUUCCUGCCCUCUGACCCCAGAUGUGAUUGGCUGCUAGCCAAGAUGUGGGUCCACAGUGCCGACUUCCAGGUCCACCAGUUGGUCUCUCAUUACCUGAAGACUCACAUGAUGGGAGAACUGUUCUCUGUGGCCACACUGAGGCAGCUCCCAGAGCCACACCCACUGCACCAGCUGUUGAUGCCUCAUGUUCGGACGUCAAUGCAAAUUAACUUUCAGGCUCGAGCUACACUGCUCAACACUGAUGGCGUGUUCGAUAAGGUGGUGGGUUGUGGACUGAAGGCGUUGCCCGUGGUUCUGUCGCGGGCUUCAGCGAGGAUGCGUUACAGAUCUCUGUGUGUUCCUGAUGAUGUGUCUGACCGUGGUGUCGACAAACUGUUGCAGAGUUUCUAUGCACAGGAUGCACUGAGGGUAUGGGACGCCCUGCAGAGGUUCGUGGUUCGCUGGGUUGAUCUGUUUUAUCGUGGAGACGAUGAUGUCCAGCAGGAUUCUGAAGUCCAACACUGGAUCGAUGACAUCAACACACAUGGUUUCACACAAGACUCAGGUUUCCCUCAGUCCUUCCAAACCAAAGCAGAACUGUCCAAGUUCAUUACCAUGACCAUCUUCACAUGCUCGGCUUUGCACGCCGCUGUCAACUUCUCCCAGUUGGACUUUGCUCUCUGGAUGCCAAACUGUCCUCCCUCCAUGCUGCGUCCCCCUCCUCAGGUCAAAGGUCAGGUGACAGAGGAUGACCUUCUGUCUUACCUGCCUGAUGUGAACUCGACCUGUCGUGUCCUGACGUCUCUGACACUGUUGUCGCAACCUGCCGUCAACUAUGUUCGCCUGUGUCACUACAAAGAGGCUGUUUUCUCAGGGAGCACCCUCCGCAGGCUGGUUGAAGAUGUGCAGGCUGAACUUCAGGCCAUUUCUGAAAAAAUCGCAGAACGUAACAGGACGCUGCAGCUGCCGUACCCAUAUCUGAGCCCUGAACGCAUCGAGAACAGUGUGGCCAUUUAAACCCACAUCUUCAACAAGAGUUUAGUCUGUGCUUUAACCUUAUCUUUACACAAACACUGUUUCAGCGGGUCUGCUUUUAUUCUGACAACUGCAAUACCGGUUCAAAUGUCUGGACGGUUUUUUUUGUUUUUUUUUUUUAAUAAAUCUGCUUGUGAAGUG